UGAACGCCGACUACUGUCAUCUGGGCCGACCGCUUCCCCCGUAACGAUAAACACGCAAUUGUAGAAAGAGCAUAAUUCGGAGUAUUUUGUGGAGUAGUCCGUAGAAAUGGCAGGCGAUCAUCGUUGCGAGGUUUGCGGGGCGACCUUUACGAGACCUCAACAUGUCGGUCGACACAUGCGUUCCCAUACCGGAGACAAACCGUAUCCUUGUCCUCAUUGUCCGGACCGGUUCGCGAGGAGUGACCUUUUGUCGCGGCACGUGAACAAGACCCAUUGUCCCCCGGAUCCUAAUGCGCCCGUUCCGGUUGGGAGGAAGAAAAAGGUCAAAGAUGCCGUUGUUGCUGCACCUGCACAGUCGAAUGGGGAUGCGGUUCAAGCUAUGUCUCUGCCUGAUCGGCGACAGGAUGAAGCAUACGGGAAUGAUUUGGGGAGACCGCAUGGUAUAUGGAGAGACGGAAGCACUGGGUCUAGCAGUCAACAGACUGCUUCGUCCUCGCCUCAAUACCAGCAACAGUACACGAUGCCGCCGACGCAGCAGCAUCUACAACAGUAUCAACAGCUACAACCGCAAUCGCAAGAGUUGAUGGGCUGGGUCGGUUCCGGAGUCAGCGUGGGACCGCUCGCCGGGGGAGACGUGAUAGAGCGGUUGGCAGCGGGAACGGGGGAAUUGGACGGCGAUGAGAGCGAGGAUGAUGAUGCGUGGGACGGGCUUGCAGGGCAACCGGGAAUGUUUCAGUCGACGAACGGGUUCCCGUUGAAUCCGACGAUCCAGCAGAUGGCCAACAUGCAAUUGCAUCAGGUGCCGACGGGAUUCGAAAUGACGAGUUAUGGGACUCAGGUCUAUCCUCCCGCGCCACAAGCAAUGCAGACGUCUCAGCCAAAGCAGCCGCCUCAGACGUAUCAACAACAGCCUAUGUAUUACGCAGAUCCGACCCGAACUUUCUCCGGUAUACCAAAUCAACCGGAUGGCUCCGACUUUCUGGCCUCGCCUCAGCGAAACAUGUCGUUCGGCUCGUGGUACCCGCCCAUCUCGCCGGGCCUUAUGGCUGCUCCUCCGAUCCCGCCAGCGCACGACGGUUCAUCAUCGCCACACACGCAACAACAUCAGAGCCCCGUCAACAUCGGCUCGUCACCGUUGAUCAAUGUAGUCUCACCCGUCUCUCACAACCGCGCCGCUGGACCGAGUAACUCGUUGUCGCCCAGCUCGUCCGCUAUGGGCAGACCCAUGGAUCUAGGAUCGUCUUUGUCACCGUCAUCGUCUUCUUCCGGACACAUCGUCUCGCCCUUUGGCGAUGGGUACUCUUCGAGCAUGCCCGUGGUCAAUGAACAUGCGAGCUCGGCAUCGAACCAAGUGUAUAUCACCCGACCCGUCAAGAAGCGGGCGUGUGAACAGUGCAACACUAGCAAGGUCAAAUGUGAUUCACAGUUGCCUUGUCAAAAAUGUACGAUGCGGGGGAUACGGUGUACUUAUCCCAUAGCCAAGAAGCUCGGUCGGAAGAGUCUCUCCAGUCAGGCCCCUCAACUCGGCACUGGCGGAUCCGAACCGCAACCCUGGAUGUACAUGCAGGGUCAGGACUCUAUUCGCAAACCCGAAAACUCCUUUGACAGGCGGUCCUCGAUACAUUUCGGGACGGCUAGCACGUCGUCGUCCACGGCGAUAAAUGGAGCACCCGCACAACAAGGAAUGAGGAGUUCGUUCUCUGCAGUGCAAGGCCUCCGUCAAUCUCAACUUGGGCGGAUUCGGGACAGCUCACUUGAAGACGAUGCGGUAUCGACCACGUCUGGCUAUACUACGAGUCACGCAGGCGAUAAUUCGCGAAGGGAGAGCAUGGCCGAUUCCAUCGUCGCCGUCGAGGAUGUGACUGGUGCAGGGUUGCUGCAGAUGGGAGAUAUGGGUAUUGCCCCAGCCGUCAUUGAAGGUACUCUCCCACCUACUUGGUCAGGAAACGGAUUGGGAACAGGAAUCGAACCAUCCGACGUGAUGGGAUUGCCCCGCCCCGGCUUUCCUACAUAUCAAGUCGACGGUACGAUCACGCAUCGGGCGCCAAGCUUGUCGGACGUCAAGGACGCUUGGAGACAAUUCGCAGCGGGUCAGCAGCCUAUAUCCAUUGGUGGCCUGGUUCCCGGCCCGCAAUCUCGUCCGCCCUUUAUUCAUCGAGCGCGUUCAAACUCGGUUCCCGAAGUAUUCCCGAAGCAUCUGGUGGAUCUUGCGGUCACACAUUUCGCCUUGACAACGCCGCGGGCCGAGGCCGAGUCCUUUAAUUUCAACCCGCCCGCUUCGAUUGUCGCUUCUCCGGCGGAUCUGCAAGCUGGAUCGUCCUCUCCUGCGAGUGUCGUCGAGGCCGCAGCUCAGUCCGGGGCCUCGAAGCCGCAAUCGAUGCUGCGAGGUAGCAGCGGAAAUAGCAGCAUCAGUAUGGUCGAAGCUAUCUUACCAGCAUCGAGCGACGUCAACAACAACCGAGCGGUUCAUCCACCACGGCAAGAUCAAGGUAGCUUUGCCAUGCUUCCUGAUCGAGAGGGACAAAUGCCGCAAAUGAACCCUCCCGCCUCUCGCCCUUCUAUCGCUGUCUUCCAGCCUACUGCAGGCGGAAACGUGGCGCGACACAUUCUACUACAAGGCGGAUCUCAAACGUUGGCUCCGGAACGUCCUCCUAGCUUUCUCAAUGCGUCUUUCAUCGACACGGAUCGCAACAAGUUCAAAGUGCCUGGCUUCGCCGGACAGACUGGCUUUUACGCACAACCCAUCAUGUCGACAAAGAUGUCGUCGCUCGCCGCUCGUCCAGGCAACAAGCGCCUGCCGAGCCAAACCCUCGGUCCGGAUUAUCAGAAAAAAAUGCCAGUGUCGAUGGAUUUCGGUCAUCCCAGUCCUCUCACCAACUUGCAAUCACCAUCGCUGUUGAACAAUACCCCCGCGGCGACCAGUUCUCACGCACGACGAUACUCGGUCCCAGGGUGGUUGGGUGGGACCCCGUAUGGUACGACAAACGAGUUUGUCGACUCGGAGAGCUCUUUCUUGCAGGCGGCCUUUCCGGGGACGAUGGCAGUGCCCGAAUUGACCCCUACGCAGAACCCUCUUCUUGCAGGGUUUCCUUUCCCAGUACCUUCUUACACAUGAACCUUGUCCGGUAAAGUUGCGGGUAGCCGUGUAUUGUAGAAUGGACCUGAACCGAAUGGACAUUGUUUGGUUCCUCCAGGAAGAAUUGUAUUUGCCCUUCGUGAACUUGUAUCGCCUUGUAUCGUCUAGCUUUUCAUCGAAUCGAAUGUAUCGAUACGCCGCCCAUCCCGUCUC